GUGGUGUUAGGAAAGAAGAACGAUGAGUACUCGACUCUUAGCACUGUAUGAUGAGGGGGGCCGAGCAUGUGGCGACUGUAUGUUGUCUCGGCCGAAAUGGGAAGGGAUGGAAUCCACAUGGGGGGAGCCUGACAGGUUGAACAAUUCCAUCUUCAAUCAGUGUGUAAAGGGAUAUGAACUGCUGAAGGACUUAAGAGCCGAAAGUGAAAGACUUAAAUAGUAAAGGGAGGCAGUGCAUUGUUGUUUAGCUAUGUGCUUCGUGUAUCUGUCGUUGUCGACUUCAAUUCGUGGGACUCUCCUAGGCCCCGGGAGCAACCUAUCUAGCCUGUUUUCCUUGAGGGGACACCGGACCAGUUUGCCACCUACCCUAUAAGCUGCUGCUACAUUUCCAGGAAUUUCCAGUGUAACUAUUAAAUUCUAACGUGAGAUCAAAAGCCCUUUGUGUAGUUGCAAAAGAUCAUCGUUUUCUCGAUGUGAAAUCUGUGGAAGUGUUCUGUUGGUGCCUUUCCAAGACAAAACUGUUGAGUUUGUGCAUUGGAUAUCAGGUGUCUAAUGGGAAAUUUUCGGAAAACGUUGCAUUUCGCAAGUGCUUCAUUUCUGUGAUGGAGAGGAAUUCAGUGAGUUCCAGUGGAUUGGAAUGGGAAAAUUUGGCUGUUGAGAUUGCUGAACCAGUAGGCUUUUCUAUUUCUAUGUCUUCAUCAGGCAGUAACGGCCCUUUAUGCGGUGACAUCUCAGCGUCUGCCCUGGAAUCGACUAAAGAAACGAUGGAUUGUUUUGGGAGACUAGGUUCGUUGCCUCAGUACGAUGACGUUAUCAGGAUGCAGAAUAUCAGGGAGCCUAUUUCCUCCCCUUCUGCCGGCUCUGGCGAACCGAUGAUCGGUCUAAGGCUCGGGAGACCGAAAGAACUUGGAGAUAGUUUUCCUACCAGCAGUACUAAAACUUCAACCUCUUCGCUUCCUACUUCAUUGACACCCAUAAAAAGAUCAAGGGCGUCAUAUCAGAAUAUGCAGAACCCCUGCUGCCAAGUUGAAGGAUGCAAUCUUGACCUGAAAUCGGCUAAAGAUUACCACAGACGACAUAGAAUCUGUGAAAGCCAUUCUAAAAGUCCGAAGGUCAUCGUCUCAGGGAUGGAACUCCGGUUUUGCCAACAAUGCAGCAGGUUCCAUGACUUAUCGGAGUUUGAUGAUAAGAAGAGAAGCUGCAGACGGCGCCUCUCUGACCACAACGCUAGACGGCGUAGGAUGCAGCCAGAGGCAGUUCAGCUCAGCUCAUCAGGACUCUCUUCUGCACUAUAUGAUCGGAGAGUGCAGCACGUGCUGAGCGGACUCCCCAUCGUCUCACUUCCAAAUUCAACAUGGGAAAGUGCUAGCAGUGUCAUGUUGGGACAGGCCGGAGAUUCGCUCAUUAGGCCUUCAAAGGUAGGGACAUUUGACGGGACGUUGUGUUUCCCCAGCAACGAUAUUUAUUGUUCCGAUGCCAAUCGACGUGUCGAUCCGGAGAGGUUGCCCUCCAUCCAUAGCUCAAAUCAUGGGGUUCUUGAUCAAUGUUUACAUUUACCUACCAACAAUUCUCCAAUUGCUCCAAAUAUGCUAAGUGCUCACUCUCUUCUGUCAUCAAAUUCUUGGAGCUUGAACGACGUAGCAUCCAAUUCAAUGGAGAGCCUCACGCACGGAAACUAUAAUCCGCUACUGAGGUCCUCACAGUUGGAGUCACAUCACUUGUCGUUGUUUCAGUCAAAUAACAUUCCAUCAGAUCAAGAACCCUUGGUGCAUUCAGUUACUUUGCAAGAAUAUCAGUUGUUUAAGGCACCUUACGACUCUGGUGAUUUUUUUUCCAGUCAAACAAAUUUGUGAUUGAACAAUCCAAAAACCCCUUUUGGGAAAAAAAAAUUAAAUAUUUAGUUUCCAGGUGAAUUUUACUUAUU